AUGGGUGGAUACCAUCCGGUGAAGAUCGGGGAUUUGUUCAAUGGAAGGUACCAUGUGAUCAGAAAGUUGGGGUGGGGCCACUUCUCCACAGUCUGGUUGUGCUGGGACAUACAAGUGAAGAACUUUGUGGCAAUGAAGGUGGUGAAGAGCGCUCAGCACUACACAGAAACAGCCCUGGAUGAGAUCAAAUUGUUGCGAUGUGUGAGAGAGAGUGACCCUGGAGAUCCAAACAAAGACAUGGUGGUUCAGCUGAUAGAUGACUUCAAGAUCUCUGGAGUCAAUGGCAUACAUGUGUGUAUGGUGUUUGAGGUUCUGGGUCACCACCUGCUGAAAUGGAUCAUUAAAUCCAACUACCAAGGACUGCCACUGCAGUGUGUCAAGAGCAUUAUCAGACAGGUCCUGCAGGGUCUGGACUACCUCCAUGCAAAAUGUAAAAUCAUUCACACGGACAUCAAACCCGAGAACAUCUUGAUGUGUGUAGAUGACGUGUUUGUCAGGCGAAUGGCAAUGGAAGCAACUGAGUGGCAGAAAGCUGGAGCCCCGCCUCCAUCUGGCUCAGCAGUUAGCACAGCCCCCCAGCACAAACCGAUGGGAAAGAUCUCCAAGAACAAGAAGAAGAAGCUGAAGAAGAAACAGAAGCGGCAGGCUGAGCUGCUGGAGAGACGGAUGUUGGAGAUCGAAGCCUUGGAGAGAGAGGCUGAGAUAAAGGAAGAGACGGUCAAAGAAGUCGAGGACAAGAAUGUUGCUGAAGAGUCUUCUCUGCUGCAGUCAGCUCCUCCACCGCUGGGCCCUGGCAUGGCCCUAGGAGAGAGCGAUGAUGAGGAGGAUGAUGAGGAGGAUGGGGAAGAUGAGGAGGAGGAGGGAGGAGAGCGGGAGAGACCCGUCAGGUUGACUAAUCAUACAUGUGCAGCGCCUCCCCAGGAGCAUUGCGAAGAACCUCACACCCCUGUUGAUGACGCAGUAGAAGAGGCAGAAGAAGAGGAUGAUCCUACGCCAGUCGCUGAGAAAGAUGCCCCCGUUCCCCCUAUCUCAAAAGAAGGUAAUGGAGAUUUAAUACAAGCAGAGGAGGACAAUAGGACAUCAACAGAAACAGAGGAGAAUGUGGAGGAGAAGACAGAAGAAAAGACAGAGGAGGAAGAAAAACAACAACAAAAAGAGGAAGAGGAGGAGGAAAAGGGAGAUAAAUUGGCUGAGACAGAGAAUCCGAAAAGUGAGAGCAAAUCAGAGACAGUGGUGGAAGAAGAAGUCUCAAAAGAGCAGGAGGAAGAGGAGUAUGAGGGGGAAGAUGAGGAAGAUGACACAACAGCUGACCUCCUCACAGACAGCACCUCCCCAAUCAAACCCCCCAAUAAAAAGAUAAACUCAGUUAAAACAAACGGGCACAUUCUGUUAGGCUCUGAGGAACUCCGACCAAACCCUGGCACCCCUCUGCCUCCUUCGCCCACCCCCGAGCCUCUCCUCUGCCCCCUCGUAGAGUCUGAGCUCAGCUACACAGACAGAGACGUCUCCCUCAGCUCUGGCUACGAGCUGUACAAUGGCGAGGUGACAGAGCCAGGACUAACCAAUGGCUCCAGCGAGCAGCAUCAGGACAGGGUAGCCCUCUUCCCUGACCUGCCCUUUGAUCCUGAGCCAGGAAACCCCAUUUCAGGUGGGACAGCGGACAUUGGAACAGACCCCUCACCAAACAGCCCCACUGCAGACCGUAGUCGCACUGUGUCAUCCUCGAGCACAGGAGACACACCUAAAGUCAGGGCCCGAGCUGCAGACCUCCUGAUCAACCCACUGGACCCCCGCAAUGCUAACGCUAUCAGGGUCAAAAUCGCUGACCUUGGAAACGCCUGCUGGGUGCACAAGCACUUUACAGAAGACAUCCAGACAAGACAAUAUCGUUCUAUAGAGGUCCUGAUAGGAGCCGGUUACGGUACUCCAGCUGACAUCUGGAGUACUGCCUGCAUGGCUUUUGAGCUGGCCACAGGAGAUUAUCUGUUUGAGCCUCACUCAGGAGAAGACUACUCCCGUGAUGAGGACCAUAUAGCCCACAUCAUAGAGCUGCUGGGCUGUAUUCCAAGGCACUUUGCGCUCUCCGGAAAAUAUUCCCGGGAGUUCUUCAACAGAAGAGGUGAGCUGCGGCAUAUAACCAAGCUGAAGCCCUGGUCCCUGUUCGAUGUGCUCGUUGAGAAGUACGGCUGGUCACACGAGGACGCUGGUCACUUCACGCAGUUCCUUCUGCCUAUGCUAGAGAUGGUUCCUGAGAAGAGGGCCUCAGCUGGAGAGUGCUUAAAUCACGCCUGGCUCACGUCAUAGCCAUGAACCAUUUUUCUCCUUCCUCAUGCUCUCCCAACUUUCCGCCCAAGCAUCGCCCUCUGGUGACCACCAGUGGAACAACAGCGUGAAGAAACGCCGGAAACCACGAGUCAGAAACGAUGAAAGAUUUCCCUUCUUUACCACUCACACAUUACAUACAACCUGACUUUACUCCUGUGAUUUUUACCAAAAGGAUAGUUAAAAACAAGCGUAAGGAGGCCACACAACACACUCGUUUUUUCCUACAAAAAGAAAGGAAAAAAUGAAAGAUGGAUGUUGGCCCUUUUUGCUAGAGGAGUUGAGGCUUUGUCUGAAAAGAAUCCUGCUUCUGUUGUGUCAGUAUCUUA